GGUCCAGUUUAGAAUUUCAAUAGGGUAAAAGUUGCUAACUUUAAUAAUUUGCUGGAGAGAUGGAAGGUUUGGGGGACUUAAUUUGUCAUAACUGUAAGAUGGCAUUCCAUUCUACUGGACUCUUGGAUAAACACAAGGCCAAAUUCUGCAUUGGCACAGACCUAAAAGAUCAAGUACCUCGACGGAGAGGUCAGAGGGGAUUCACUCAAAAAGAACAAGCAGCUGUGAAGACGUUGCAUCCUACAAGGGCAAGAACACCUAAUUUAACUAUUCUGAAGGAACAGAGGAAUCAUGAGAGUGAAAGUGCACAGGACAAUGUGUCAGAGAAUACUGCACUAAACAAUCUCACUGAGGAGUUUCAAAAACUCAGGAUUUCAUUUGAACAAAACCUGCCCAGGAGACAGACAGAGGUGUCUGAGGAGCAGGCUUCAGUCCAGCAGAGAGCUGAUGAGCACAGGGCUCUUCAUGAGCAGAGACUGGCUGUGAUCAGGGCUCGCAACCGUCAGCUGGAGAAGCAGAGAGAGGAAAUAGAAGAGCGGCUUGCCGAGUUGGCAGGACGGGAGAGGACGGCUCAUCUCGAGGAAGUGCUGCAAGAACUGAGGAAUCAGGAACAGAGGAAUGAGGACGUGCUGCAGCAGCUCAGCUCUCACAUCAACUCAAUGAAAGGGCCUAAACCAUUUGAAGUCCCCUCCAACCCACCAGAGGAAAAGAAGACACAACAUAUUACUUUUGACUUGAUCUCUUCUGUGGCUGGACCUCUUUCUGCUCAGAUAAGAGCUUUGCGUCUGGCAUACAUGCAGUCCGGUGGUUCAGACCCAGAGGUUCUGGCCCAUAUGCAUGACCUUCAAACAGAGGCUCUUACACUGGAGCAGGCAAAACAUAGAGCUGAAAGCGAGAUAAAAGGAAGAAGGAUGAGGUUUCCCCACAGAGUGUUGGACCCUGAUGUUCUUGCUGUGGAGCAGGAGAACCAAAGGCUUGAGGAGGAAAUCCUCAGAAUCCAGCCGGCCAGGGAGAAGCACAAAGGAGAGCAUGGACUCACUGAUAUCCAGAAAGACCACAUCCAUCAAAUGGCUAACCUCCAAGCUGAGAUUGCCUUUUUAAGAAGAGAAAAAGAGAAGGACCGAGAGAGGAGAGCUCCUCUGUCUGUUUUUCCUGGAUCUUCUAUGGCUUUAACACAUCUUGAUCUGCCACUGGAUCAGAGUUCAAAACAGCAUUCGCUGAUGGGAUCCCAUAUAACUGAUCCACUGGAAGCUCUUGGUCCUGCUCCUUAUGAUCCUGUGGCUGGCUUCGUGAUCUUCUAUGACCUGGUGAUGGGUGUUGAGGCUACUUUGAGAACAGUGCGUCUAUUGGCAGGGUUAUAUUUUAAUGGACAGAAGUUGGGACAGACCACCCCAAUGCCACCUGUGCAGUGCCAACCUGCAGGACCAUUACUGUCCAACAAGAGUUCUGGAAACUAUGCUCUACUAGCUGUUACGCAACCUGUGCCAAGAGUACAGCCAACUUCAGAUCUCUCUUUGGUCAUAGAGAUCCAGACUUCUGAAGGUCUGGAUUUGUUCAACCAUGAAACUGAGGGCUUGGUGACUUGUGGCUGGGCUAAGCUUGAUCUCUUUGACCAGCACAACCAGGUUCACAGUGGUCACUGGAGGCUUCCCUUCCGCGCUCUCCCAGUUCAAGCAUCCUUAAGUCCAGGUCAACUAAAUUCUGUGCCACAACUGGGUAACAUGGAACUUUGUCUUCGAGUAGCAAAUGCUCGUGAUGGAGAUAAACAGACCCUUGAAGAGAUUGACCCUAACAACACAAACCAAUACAAGUUAAUUUCCAUGGUGGCCUCAAACACAGUCCUGGCGAACCAAGAACCAUGUUAACACUUUGCAACCCUCAUCCAA